UUUUACAGUAGGUUGAAAAAUGUUCAUAAAACAGCUCGAUCGGCAAUAAAUCGUGCACAUCACUACCAGCAGAACAAAGCUUUGAAAUCAAAGAAAUUUUUGAAGGUGAAUUCAAAGCCCUCAUAUAAAGUUGCUAAAGUCCAUGUGCAAUUAGAACCCGUUCAAGUCAAGUUGACAUCUAUUAAUCAGUAUAUCACCUGUUUCCUGUGUGGAGGUUACUUGGUCGAUGCUAGUACCGUCACAGAAUGUCUACACACUUUUUGUAAGAGUUGUAUUGUUAUCCAUGUCCAAAGAAGUAUUACAUGUCCAGUGUGUGAUGCCUUGAUCCAUGAGACAAAUCCAUUGAGCAAUAUCAGGUUCGAUAGAACCAAACAAGAUAUUAUUUAUGAGCUGUUGCCACGAAUCCCAAAAGAGGAACAAGCAAGGUUUGAGGCCUUCUACAAGUCUCGCAAUCUCCCAUUGCCUCCCUCUUCAAAUGAAGAUGUUCCCAAUAAAAGAUCCUCAGCUGGGUCAUAUAGUCCUGUGGAUGACCUAGUGUCAGUGAGAUUGGAAUUUUCAGGAGCAUCUGCCGAAUGCAAUCAAGUUCAGCCACUUUGUAAAAAGUUUAUACGUGUUCCAGGCCGUGCAACUAUCAGGCAUGUGCAGAAGUUUCUGAUCAAAAAGCUCUCCUUGAAAGAAAAUACCCUAGUUGAUAUUGUUUGCAGCGAGAAUGAUGAGAUUAUUGAGGGUCAGACCACCCUGUGGAACAUUUUUCAAGAGAUGAAUAUCACAAAUGAACAGUUGCUGACUCUGUACUACACCCUAGCAGUCAACAGUAACAGGUUAAGUUGACAAAGCCCAUCUUAAAAUGCAACUGGAUAUACGAUUGAGCAGAUUUGCCAAUUUACCUGUAUACUAGCACAACCAAUAAGAAGCUAAGCCCAUGUAGAUUAACUGGAUAGUGUUAGGCAAGACAUUUUUAUAAUGCAUUUUGUGAAACCUGCCAAAUGUUGAUGACUUAAAAUAAGUUUGUAUAUUAUUUUGCUAAACGAGAAAACAAUGUUUUUUUUUGCCUUCCUUUAAAAAUUGCAGUUGACUGUACAAAUGGUUCACUGUAGUGUCUGUUAAUAUUCAAUAAAUGAAUAUUAAUAGUCUGCACAUGAUUGAUUCAAUUCUACAAUGUGGCGAAGACAAGUCAAACCAGUCACUCCUCGCAGUGGCGUGCUUUUCAAUACUUGGAGUGUGUAUUAUGCUUUCUUAUCUGACAAAACAUGCUCGAAUGUCAGUAUUUUAAAAAUAUUUUUAAAUUUUAUUGCAUUAAACUAACCUUUAUAUAUUUAUCAUGCUAUAUUGUUAUUUUCCAACUGUUCAACAUUGAAACAACAUUUUUGAACGAUUUUAUGAUGGUCUCUGUCUGAAAUAAAAUAAAUUUUGAAGGCUGAUUUCUCAAAUACUUUUCUUUAAACAGCUGUAUGUUUAAACUUUAUAACGAAAUGUUGGAUUUUUUUUUUGGCAAGGAGUGACUGGUUUGGCUUGUCUUUGCCACAUAUAAAAUUUAGCAAUGUAUAAGUUAUUUUUAAAAAAUGGAUGUAAACAAUAAAAACCUUCCUCCCAUUCUGAUAUGUCAAUAAAAUAAAUCUACUGUUUUUAUAA